AGCUGACUCAGGAACUGGACGACCAAACCUUGGGCGAGCGUUGGUGGACCCCGCUCUUAAAAGGGCGAUGCAGGCUUCUGUUCGGCGUGAGAAGAGGCGCCUGCUGGACGCACGCCGCGGGAAAUGUCGCGUGCGUCUGGGCAGCCAUUUGGAUGAAUGGUGUGCACUUAAAGACCGCUUAGGAUUCACCUUACACUCUGAAGUUGCCAAGUUUCUUUUGGACAGCUAUAGAUUAUCAGUCGACCCAGAAACCACAGCAUCUCUUCUGUCAGUUUCUCUGAGCUCUCUUCAACGACUGGCAUUGUUAUGUCACCAACAUGGCAGAUACUGCCCUUGCUCCCCCUCUGUAAUUUCUCAUUCCCUCCAUGUGGGGACAAAGGAGUUGUCAGUGUUUUUGUGGGGAUGCAGAGAAGACCAUCAGUUUCAAUGGGAUCCACAGGCAGAUGGCUCAGAAAAAGAAAGAGACAGUAAUAAACAGAACAGGUUGUCUGAUAGUGUAGGUGUUAAACCUACAACCAUUGAAGACCAGGUGACACAAUGUGAUAAUGGUAUUGUACAGGAAGGGUGGCACAGUAGCACAGAAGCCCCAGCUAAGAUUGGAGAGGGGAAGUCUGGAAAGCUUAGUAGACAGAAAGUAUGUAUAAAACUGCAUCCUGAAACUCAUAACCCAGAAAGAGGAAAUGAGACUGAGAAUACACAUGAAAACCAAUGGAGCAAUCCACAAACAGUAGCUGAGAACUUCGAAAGAGAUGAAAGGGAACAUGGAAGGCCAUCAGAAAAAACAGAGAAAGGGAGAGUACACGCACUCACUGAGAACUUGGAGCCACUGAAGAGUGUCAUAUGUGAAGAAACAGACCAACGAAGCUCAGGGAUUAACAAGACCGUGCAACAAACUGAAAAUAUACCCUCUGGAGAGUAUACAGGCCCGCAUUUGCCAGAUGGGAUUAGUAGCCCUAAUGAAACACAAUUGAACAUUUUUGAAGGACAUCUUCAGAGUCCUGCAGGUGCUGCAAUCCAUGGAAACCCAGGAAGUCCUUGCACACAGGACCCCGCUGCUUCAGGGCCUACAGAUGAACUAAUUAAUCAAGAAACCAGGCACAGUAUAGGAAACAGCCCACUAAGUCAGCAACAGGGAGAGGCUCCAGAUAGGAAGCACCUAAAACAGGCAGUGACUGAAUGCCUAAGCAAGAACAAAUGGUUAAAGAGAACUCGAAGUAGAAGCCUUUCAGAUUGGGACCAUGAUACUUCUCCCGAGAAUACUAAAAUAUCAGCUAAGACUUGUCAAAUGGAAGUGAACUCUGACAAGGUUGUUGAGAAGCAAGAUACGUUUCCAGAUUCUGCUUUAAUGGUGGAUUCAGAGAGCCACAAAGAAAGUUCAGGAAGCACAAAGGUAAAAAGUCAUUCUAUGGACAGCAGUGUACAGAGCCAUUCCAGGACCAGGCCACAUGUUGAGGAGGUGGAACAAAUCUGCAAUAAGAAGAUAAAGCAAGUGACUGAUAACAGCAUGAAGGCUGAUCCUCAGGAACUCUUUCUGUGUGAAUUUGCUGACUGUGGGAAAAUCUUCUCUAAGCGGCAAUAUCUGAAUCACCACCAGAAAUACCAGCACGUGAAUCAGCGCACAUUCCGUUGUUCUGAUCCAAAGUGUGGGAGGUCGUUUAACUUUAAGAAACACCUCAAGGAGCAUGAGAAGAAGCACAGUGAUCGUCGGGACUUUAUCUGUGAAUUCUGUGCCCGUGCUUUCCGUACUAACAGUAACCUCAUAAUCCAUCGACGCAUUCACACCGGGGAGAAACCCCUUCAGUGCGAGUUCUGUGGUUUCACAUGUAGACAAAAAGCGUCCCUGAACUGGCACAUGAAGAAACAUGAUGCUGACUCUCUCUACCAGUUCCCGUGUGAUAUUUGUGGUCAGCGUUUUGAGAAGAGAGACAACCUUGCUGCUCACAGGAGUCGCAAGCAUCCAGAGCCAAGAGAUGCAAUACCAAUAGAUCCUACCGAUCAAAGCAGUCCUUGUCAGAAUCCCCCUUUUUGCAAAUCUGUACUUCCAGACAUAGUACCCACACAUACGGAAGAGGAGAUUACAGAGGCAUGUCCAGAGACUAUUAAAGAUACCAUUUUACCAGAGACUCCUGACCAGGCAGAGAAUGCAACAGGCAGCUCCUUAUCAGAAAUAUCUCUGGUGAUUAUCUUGUAAAGGUUUGUGAUAAUUUAUUAAAGUGUUAUUACUCCUAUCAGAAA